AUGGCAGAGCAAGGAGAAACCUGCCGCAUUCUUGUCAUGGCAUCCGGCAAUGGCUCGAAUUUCCAGGCAUUGAUAGAUGGCGUCGCAUCUGGCAGCAUCCCCAACAGCAGAAUUACUCGUCUGAUAGUCAAUCGUGCAAAGGCAUACGCCACUACUCGAGCAGAACAGGCAAGCAUCCCAUGGGAAUACUUCAACCUCAUCAGUAACGGAUUUCUGGCCAAGGGAGAGAAAGAUGAAGCAAAGAUGGUUGAGGCAAGGAAGAAGUAUGAUGCUGCCUUGGCAGACAAGAUUCUACAUCUGGAGGAGAGACCGGAAUUGAUAGUCCUUGCGGGUUGGAUGUGGGUGUUUUCUUCCGACUUCCUACGGCCACUGGAAGCAGCAGGUAUCAAAGUUAUAAAUUUGCAUCCGGCCCUUCCCGGGCAAUUUGAUGGUGCCCAUGCAAUUGAGCGAGCUUACGAGGACCUUAAGGCGGGAAGGAUUACGCACACGGGCAUCAUGGUUCACUAUGUUAUUCAGGAAGUCGACAGAGGCGACCCCAUUCUUAUCCAGGAAAUUGGCUGGGAGGGAGAGGAGCUUGAUGCGCUGGAGGCGAAGAUUCAUGCUCAUGAGCAUGAACUGAUCGUGAAGGCUACCGCAAAGGUGGCUGGAGAGAUAGUAGAGGGACGGAAAAAAUGA